AUGAUUAAUCUUAUUGUGGUAAGUUCUAAAAGAUUAGGGAAAGAAAUUGAGCUUAAUAAGCUAAAAAUCCCAAAACGUGUAUUGCAAGUUAUAGAUGAAGAGCUUACGAAACUAGAAGUGUUUCGGGCCCGUAAAGACUUAACUAUUGCCCGUAAUUACCUUGACUGGUUGACCGUAUUGCCCUGGGGUAUUGCUCAUGUCAUUCAUGGUGAGAACUGUGAUGUCAUUAGUGCAGGAAAGAUUCUUGAUGAGGACCAUUAUGGCUUAUCUAAUAUCAUUUGUCUCACGGGUCCUCCCGGGGUUGGCAAGACUAGCAUGGCGCGUUCUAUUGCGCGUGCUCUUCACCAUAACUUCUUCAAGUUCUCUGUUGGAGGGCUUAUCUACUGCUGCUCACGUUAA